UAUAAGAAAAAUCUCAAAAUCUUAAGUAGCGCGAAAAUACAAAAAUUCUUAUCAUUCCUUUUACCCAACGCUAUCAGUGGCUGUCUUCUUUAUAUAUACAGGCUUUUCGUAUCACGACAGCACAAAGUCAGUCGAAGUCGUGAAUUCCUCAUACAGCUGUAACAUGGGACGUCUCCGAGUAGCCGUCGUGACGCUAUGCGUUCUUCUCGCAAGAGUGCAGUCUCUAAAGUUGGCGGAUCCGUGCAACGAGGCCACCUGUAAAUUGCCAGAGUGCAAGUGCAGUGGUACCGACAGUAACAGUAAAAUACCUAUCGACAAAAUUCCACAGAUAGUCCUGCUAACUUUCGACGACGCCGUCAACUAUCUGACUUAUGAUUAUUUCCAAGAUGCUUUGUUCGACCUCAAGAAUCCUGAUGGAUGCCCAAUCGGUGUGACCCACUUCCUGUCUCAUGAAUACACAGACUAUACCAAAGUUCAUGAUCUAUGGAAGAGAGGACACGAGAUCGCCUUGCAUUCAGUAUCUCAUUCGGCCGUAUACAAUUAUUGGCGAAAUAUCGAUGUCAAGACGUUCAGUUCGGAAUUCGGUGAUAUGAGAAAAAUAGUGAACUACUUUGCAAAGAUACCAUCCAGCGAAUUGCGUGGAGUGCGACUGCCGUUUUUGCAAACAUCAGGAAACGUAAGUUUCCAGGCUAUGAAGGAAUUGGGACUCUUGUACGACAGCUCUCUGCCAUCGAUUCAUUUCGUGAAUCCUCCCUUAUGGCCGUACAGUCUUGAUUAUCAAAGCAUUCAGGAUUGCGUUAUUGAGCCUUGUCCUACGGCAAGUUUUCCAGGAGUUUGGGAAAUACCGAUGACAGUCUGGGAAGAUCAGAACAAUAUUCCGUGCAGCAUGGUGGAUUCCUGCUUGAACAUACCGGAAACUGGGAGUGGGGUGGCUCAAUGGAUGAUUCAACAGUUUGAAAAAUAUUAUAAAGGAUCCAGAGCACCGUUUCCGGUGUUUAUGCAUGCAUCUUGGUUUUCUAAAAAUGAAGAAUAUUUCAAGGCAUACAAACUAUUUAUCAAGCAUCUUCAAUCCCUUCCCGACGUCUACCUGGUGAACAUGAAUAAAGCCAUUGAAUGGAUUAAAAAUCCAAAGCCACUAACCGCAGCAAAACCAUUUGGCAAUUGUGAAGUGCGCAAGCCAGAGGCGCCGUGCCCCACGCCAUUGUCUUGCGGGUAUUAUAACCAAGGCUCAGAAAUAUGGAUGACAUCCUGUGCAUCAAAAUGUCCAGCGAAUUUCCCAUGGUUAGGAAAUCCUUUGGGAAACUAAAAAAAGAGUAUCAAUGUAACCGCAUUAUGAACUUAUUCAAAUAAAAUGUACGUACCGCUCCUGCUAUUAAAUUUGAAAAUGUUAA